AAAUUAUUGCUAUGAUGCUAUGAAUUCACAUGAUUUCCUUUUUUCCCAUCCUUCCAGUGUAUUAUCGGGCUCAUUUUCCAACCCUUUUCAGACCUGGACAGAGCAAAGUUUCAGUUUUACAUAAUUGUGAGUUCCAGAUCACACAACCAUGACGAAGAGAUCAGCAGAAAUAGAAAUAGAAAUAGAUGGUGAGGAGAAACGGCACUGCACAGAGGAGAGCAUUGCAGAGCAAACAACCAUCACCACAGCAGAGUUUGUGAGCCAGUCCAUUGAUAUCAAUGAGCCCAUUGGAAACCUCAAGAAGCUAUUAGAACCACGUCUUCAGUGUUCCUUGGAAGCACACGAGAUUUGUCUGCAAGAUAUUCUGCUGGAUCCUAAUCGUAGUUUGUUUGACCAAGGAGUGAAAACUGAUGGCACUGUUCAGCUCAGCGUGGAAGUCAUUUCCAGACAAGCAGGAGUGGAGCCGAAGCUCAACAUCCUGGAGAUUGUGAAGCCGGUUGAAACAGUUGAGGUUGUCAUCGAUCCUGAUGCGGCACACCAUGCAGGUGCCGAGGCCCAGCUUGUGGAGGAAGCACAAGUGAUCACAUUGGACGGCUCAAAACAACUGACAGCUAUACCAGACGAGACAUCUGAGCAAGUGACACGAUGGGCAGCAGCCCUCGAGGGUUAUCGGAAAGAGCAGGAGCAUCUUGGAAUACCAUAUGAUCCAGUUCAGUGGUCGGCAGACCAGGUGUUGCAUUGGGCCAUCUGGGUAAUGAAAGAGUUUACCAUGAUUGACGUGGAUAUCAAAGAGCUGAACGUUCUGGGGAAAGACCUGUGUGCCCUGAGCCAGGAGGAAUUCCUGCAGAGAGUACCAAAAGGAGAAAUUCUUUGGAGCCAUUUGGAAUUGCUGAGAAAGUAUGUGUUAGCAAGCCAAGAACAGACAGGUGAAAUUGCAACCGUUACUAUUGACCAACCUGUCCAAAUAAUUCCUGCAACUGUGCAGUCAACAACUCCCACCACCAUAAAAGUCUUUACUGGAACACCCAAGUCUGCCAAAGUCCCACGUGCCCCAAGGAUCUCUGGGGAAGACAGAAGUUCUCCUGGGAAUAGGACCGGUAACAAUGGACAGAUCCAACUCUGGCAGUUCCUGCUGGAGCUCCUAACAGACAAAGAUGCUCGAGACUGCAUUUCGUGGGUGGGAGAUGAAGGGGAGUUCAAGUUGAAUCAGCCAGAGUUGGUGGCUCAGAAAUGGGGUCAACGCAAAAACAAGCCCACUAUGAACUAUGAGAAACUGAGUCGAGCACUUAGGUAUUAUUAUGAUGGGGAUAUGAUAUGCAAAGUCCAGGGGAAGAGAUUCGUCUAUAAGUUUGUGUGUGACUUGAAGACACUGAUUGGCUACAGUGCAGCAGAGCUGAACCGCCUGGUCACAGAGUGCGAGCAGAAGAAACUAGCCAAGAUGCAAAUCCAUGGUAUGACAGGACAGCCAGUCACCACGGUAACGCUGGCUGCAGCCUCCCUGCAGAGUGAGAAAGACAGUUGAAGCAUCCCUAGCUGAAGCUUGGUGUGUGUGGGUUGCUCAUCGCACCCCCCAACUUUGAAUGACACCUGUCCUCCGGUAUCCUGGUUGGGUCAAGUGGCUUCUUCCUCCUUCAGCUUCUGGGACUGUACAGUGUAAACGUAAUGAGCUGCCUCAGAGGGAGGCCGAGGCUGGGACUCUGUCCCACUGUCUAUAUGUGCAUUGCAUAAGCAGUGUCGAAAUGGAGCGAGCAAUGGUAGCAGACUUCAUGGUAUAUUAAAAUGAAACGUGUACCUGCUUCACCUUAUUCUAUCAAAUUUUUUUGUUAUUUUUGCAAAUAUUUUUACCCUUAUGUGAAUUUUGAAUAAAAAAGGUAUACUCCA